AUGGCGGAGGACGCGCCGCCGGCGUACGAUAGCAUACACGAACACGCGGUCGAGACGAGUGAAACAUUACCGGACGUUCCGAGGGGGGGUAGUGGUGGGCAAAGGAUGCGGGCGCCGAUCGACGUGACGGUGACGAAUCCGACCAAGGUUGGCGACGGACUGGCGGCGUACGCGGUGUACACGGUGAGCGCGAAGAAGACGACCGCGGACGCGGCGGGGUACAAGAAGGAUGAGUCCAUCGUCGUUAGACGGUACUCCGACUUUCAGUGGCUUCGCGGACGACUGAGCACGCUGUUUCCGGGCAUCGUGCUGUUUCCGCUUCCGGAGAAGACGGUGACGACGAGUCCGUUUCAGAGUGAUUUUUUGGAGCAUCGUAGACGCGGGUUGGAGACGUUCAUGCGAAAAGUGGUGGAACACCCCGUGCUGGCGACGUGCGAGGACGUGGUCAUGUUCUUAGAGGAGCAGGGUGGGAGCUCGUGGGAUCAGCGCGCGCCGUGGUACUCGCGCGGCGCGAUGGGCACGGCAAUUGGGGCGAUGGAUUCGUGGUUUCAAUCCAUUGGUACGGCGACGGAGACGUGGACUACAGGCGCCGGAAUGGAGAGCGCCAUGAUGGAGGAGGAUCCCAAGUACCUCGAAGCGACGGAAUAUCUGCUGUUGCUUGAAGAGCGCCUCAAGCGUGCACUCAAGAGCGGAAGCGCCAUCGUUGACUCAGUUCAGAACCUGGGCAUCUUAACAGGGACGUUCGGCGAAAGCGCGCAUAUUCUCGGCGAUUGUGAGGAAAAAGGUGCGAAAAUUCUGCUCGGUGAAGAGGCCGGCGGAUUGGGUCAAGCUUUCAGACAAGUUGGCUCUGCUGCGUGCGCCAUGCGUCCGCCGACGGAGGUUCAAGCCGAGCGGCUGGCGCGCGAAUUCAGGGCGCCUAUGAAACAAGCGCUACAGCACGUGCGCGCGGCUAAGGAAGUUAUUGACAUUCGUAUGGACGCCUUAUUGAAACUCCAGGCGUGUCGAGCCAAACUUCAGUCCAAGCGCGCCAAACUCGAGCACGCGCUGCACGCGCCGCCGACGCCGCCGACGCCGCCACCGACGACCAUUUUUGAGCGUCUCUCCGCCGCCGUCACCUCACCGACGCCCGUGACUGUGGAAGAACUGCAACGAGACGUCGGUGUCGCCGAAUCCGCGCUGAACGAUGCGCAGAAAAAAUAUGACGAGAUCAGAGAACGCAUGGAGAACGAGCUUCCUCGCGUGCAUGCCGAGCUCGAGGUUGUCAUCAACGACGCCUUCGCGAGCGCCGCCGUCGUCAUGAAAAAGCUCGCCGAGACGCACGUCGAGGCUUGGGAAUCCGUGUUCCCUGGCUGCACCGCCGAGGCCUAA